AUGGCAGGAUCAAGUGCCUCAGAGGUCCUCUUUAUCUCUGUCAAUCACAGCAUCACUUUGAUGGGAAAGGUGUGGCUCAUUGUGAUGAUCUUCCUCCGUAUCCUGAUCCUUCUCUUUGCUGGUUAUCCUCUCUACCAGGACGAGCAGGAGAGAUUUGUGUGUAACACUAUUCAGCCGGGCUGUGCAAAUGUCUGCUAUGAUCUGUUUUCUCCCAUCUCUCUCUUCCGCUUCUGGCUGGUGCAACUCAUCACCUUGUGUCUCCCAUACAUCAUCUUUGUCAUCUACGUGGUCCAUAAGGUGUCAAACACCCUCACAGUUGACCUGAACUCCUCAGGACGCAUCAAAACUUUUCAGCUGUACAAGAUCCAUCAGGAGUCCUUCAACAAGAUGCCUGUGAACCAGACGCCUCUGGUUGAACAUCCAGGGUGGGCUCGGUGCUUUACUGGAGCCUAUAUGCUCCAUCUGAUGUUCAGGACGCUGCUGGAAGCAGGCUUUGGAGCAGCUCACUAUUACCUGUUUGGUUUCUACAUGCCCAGAAGAUUUCUGUGCCAGAAUCCACCCUGCACCACCCAGGUGGACUGCUACAUCUCCAGACCCACUGAGAAAACUGUGAUGCUCAACUUUAUGCUUGGUGUGGCGUGUCUGUCCUUGUUCCUAAACAUGCUGGAUUUCAUCUGUGCCAUCAAGCGCUCGGUGAGGCAGAAGAGCAAAAGAAAGUUGAUGGUGGAAGAAAUAUUUGAGGAAGAGCAGUGUUUCCUUUCAGCUGGAGGAGCCUCCAGGGUGACUGACCCAAACACUUCCCUCGCACAUCAAGAUCUAGAAGUACAAUCUAGUCAAGUGGGGAGUUUCAGGAAGAGGCGAGCCAGCAAGGGCUCCUGUGCAGGAGGAACUCUUGAUUCAGGUCAGGAGCCUCCCUCUCUGGAGCACUGCUCUUUGCCUCGCUCUAUAGUACCUCCAACCUGCAACACCAACGGGAACAACGGCUAUUCAGUUUCCCAAGAGGAGCUUCCGGACAAGGAUGGCAGUGAGGUGGCUCUCUGUCCUCAGGAACCCAUGGGGACACCCAGAUCCAUUCGUGUUAGCAAACGCAGCCGACUCAAACCUCCACCUCCACCCAGACGGGACCUUGGACUGCCCCUUGGGGUGUCAGCAGCCCCAGUCGGGAAUGCUUCCACAGCAACAGCAAUCUGUACUCGGAGGGCGGGUCAGUAUGUGUUGGUGGAGUUGGGCAGCCCCACAGAGCUACAGAGCAAUGAUGAUGGGCAGGAUAAGAGAUCAGAGUGGGUGUGACUGACAGGGUUGUAUUGCUUUAUCUAGAGUUUACUUUGCAACAGAAGAAUGUUGCAAAUAUUGGAACAACGUAAGGUGAAGCAAACAGCAGCUGCUGGGGCUGACAUUCUGCCAUGUUUUCUACCUCUUUUUACACUGCAGGCUGCUCGCUCUCAUGAGGAGAAUCCAAAGUGGCAAUGCAUUCACCAGACACCUUAGACUCAUGAAGCA